CUUCCCUUCCACAUUUCCCCUUAAACAGACCUACUUCCCCUUACCCACAAAAGCUCCUCCCUCCCUCUCUACAGAGCCCGACACCACUACAAUUCCUCCUUCACCGGUCCAUCUCCCUUCAUCUCCUGAAAUUACCACCCAUUCAAUCACAUAGCGCUGCCUCUAGACCAGCGAGUGUAGAGCUUGAAGCAAGAGAAAUCCCAGCAGCUCUCAGCGAAUUUUCGGUCAAAUCUCCAUCAACGUAGACCCACCACCUAGCUGAACGCCACCAUCUCGACCUCCCACCUUUAGCAGAUCGCGCCCUUCUCCCCCAGCCCUUUCGGUCACGACGCAACACGUUUAACCCAUUACUUUGAAGGUUCACCCCUGUCAAGACCCAUCCUUGGUCCCAAAUUAACCACCCGCACACCAUUGGACCCCGUAGCACCACCGUGCUACCCUCGCCAGUGCCAUAGUUACAGAGUCACGCCGCUAGUUCCAGCUUCACGCCAUUUUCCACAGCUUACACCAGAGUUCUCUCUAUCUGCAACGCCUCUACUUUCUCUAUUCCAAGUCGUCUGUUGUGGCGUGGGAAAAGGGAAGAAGUAGCAAUGUAUCCAGCAAGGACGUGGUUGUCAAGAAGCUUCUCAAAUAUCUCUUCUCAUCCUCUACGCGUUUGCGUAGUUGGUAGCGGACCAGCUGGCUUUUACACUGCUGAAAAAAUGUUGAAGGCUCACCAAGGAGCAGAAGUUGAUAUCAUAGAUCGAUUGCUGACACCAUUUGGAUUAGUACGCUCUGGUGUUGCACCUGAUCAUCCUGAAACAAAGAUUGUGAUAAACCAAUUUACAAGGGUUGUGCAACAUGAACGGUGCUCAUUCUUUGGAAAUGUCACUCUUGGCUCGUCCAUUUCUCUGGCUGAGCUUCGUGAGCUGUAUCAUGUGGUUGUACUUGCCUACGGUGCUGAAAGUGAUAGAGACCUUGGCAUUCCAGGAGAAGAUUUGUCAGGGAUACACUCAGCUAGAGAAUUUGUUUGGUGGUAUAAUGGCCACCCAGAUGGCAAAAACCUGAAUCCUGAUUUGAAGAGCACUGAUACAGCUAUUAUUCUGGGCCAGGGAAAUGUAGCUCUUGAUGUUGCUCGCAUCCUUUUACGACCGACAACAGAAUUGGCAACAACUGAUAUUGCUAGCCAUGCUUUGGCUGCUCUCAAUCAAAGCUCUAUACGGAAAGUUUAUCUAGUUGGAAGACGUGGCCCAGUCCAAGCAGCUUGUACUGCAAAAGAGCUGCGUGAAGUUCUUGGCAUUAAAGAUUUGUAUAUUCACAUCAAGGAGGUUGACUUAUUAAAAAGCUCUGAAGAUGAGGAAGUGUUGAAAAACAAUCGAAUUCAGAGGAGGGUUUAUGAGUUGCUCUCUAAGGCUGCCACCUCAGGAAAUUCCCAUUCCAGUUCUGGGCAAGGAGAACUUCACUUUGUUUUCUUCCGAAAACCUGCUUGUUUUUUGGAUUCAGGAACUGGCCAUGUUGCCGGUGUGCACUUUGAGAAGACUGUGCUUAAAGGUGUUGGCCCUGGAAAACAGGUUGCCGUAGGUACUGGAAAAUUUGAGGACCUCGACUGUGGGAUGGUGCUAAAGAGCAUUGGCUACAAAUCAGUACCAGUUGAUGGUUUACCCUUUGAUCAUCAGAAAGGUGUGGUCCCAAAUGCCAGCGGUCGAGUUCUUACUGAUGCUUUGGGAGAUCAAACAUUGCUUGAAAAGGGCUUGUAUGUGUGCGGGUGGUUGAAGAGAGGACCAACUGGAAUUAUUGCUACAAACCUCUAUUGUGCCAAAGAAACUGUUGCCAGCAUAUCACAAGACCUUGAACAAGGAACGCUUGCAGCCGUGACUAGUUUACCAAAGCCUGGCAGAGAGGGACUCCUUCAGUUACUUGAUGAUAGAAAUGUUAGAAUUGUUCCAUUCAGCGGAUGGGAAAAGAUAGAUUCUGAGGAGAGGAGACUUGGGAGUCUGAGAAACAAGCCUAGAGAAAAAUUAACCACAUGGGAGGACUUGCUGAAAGUUGGCACAGAAUGAUAUGAGUCCCUCUUCAAAGUUCUUUUUCUAUAUACACAAUUGCCUCAAGACCUCACAGUUUCAGAGACAGCUCCAGAACUAUUGAACUAAAGCUUUUUGUUAGAGUUCAUUUUUAUAACUGCAUAAGAUAAAAAGUAAGUUAUAUUUGAUUUCAAUUGUCAGUCCUAUUCUUUGCAGUAUUAUAUUGAGAAUAAUAAUUUUGUUUCUCAUAGGGAAAAUAAUUCUCCUUAACUUGUUGAAACAAUUAUAUCUGUUUUUUUUUACACCAAGAAGGAAUCAUUUAAUCCA